AAAUAAGCAAAAGCUCUCUAUCCCAAUCAUCACUCACAGUCUCUCGCUCGAAACUCUCAACAAUGGCGACCUCCUCUUCUUCUUCUUCUUCUUCCCUCUCCUUCUUCACCUCCUCCCUCUUCCUCUCUUCCUCCUCUCACAAACCCCUCCUUUCCUCUCCCGCCACCCUCCGCCUCAACUCCCUCAAAUCCCCCAAACCCCAAACCCUAACCGCCGAGCUCGCCACGAUCCCCGUCCUCUCCUUCACCGGGGACAAGGUCGGCGAGACCUUCCUCGACCUCAAGUCCGCCCUCCCCGACACCGCCCGCGCCGUCGUCCACCGCGCCGUCAUCCACGACCUCCAGAACAAGCGCCGCGGCACCGCCUCCACCCUCACCCGCGCCGAGGUCCGCGGCGGAGGGAGAAAGCCCUACCCGCAGAAGAAGACCGGCCGCGCCCGGCAGGGCUCCACCCGGACGCCGCUCCGGCCCGGCGGAGGAGUCGUGUUCGGGCCCAAGCCCCGGGACUGGAGCAUCAAGAUUAACCGCAAGGAGAAGCGGCUGGCGAUUUCGACGGCGGUGGCGAGCGCGGCGGAGAACACGAUUGUGGUGGAGGAUUUCAGUGAUGAGUUUGAGAAGCUGGAGAAGCCGAAGACGACGGAGUUCAUUGCGGCGAUGAAGAGGUGGGGGCUUGAUCCCAAGGAGAAGACGACCUUCUUUAUGCUGGAGGUGGCUGAUAAGGUCAAGUUUUCGAGCCGGAAUAUUGGGACUUUGAGGAUGUUGACACCCAGGACUUUGAAUUUGUAUGACAUUUUGAAUGCUGAUAAGUUGAUUCUGACGCCGGAGACGGUGGAUUAUUUGAAUGGGAGGUAUGGGGUUGAUUUUGAAGGCGAGGAUGAAGAUGAUGCAGAGGAAGAAGAAGGAACUGUGGAGGAGAGUUCUGAUGCAGCAGAAUGAUGGCACAAAAUGAGGAGUUAUUUUCAACAGCCUUUUGUUUCUCCUAAAAUUGACCUAGGAUUCAUUUCCAUUCAUCCCAGUAAGGGUCUGUGCCUUCUAAGUAACAACCACUUCUGCUUGGAUUGACUAGAUUGUAGGCUGUGUAAAAAUUGGAAAUUAGAUCAAUACAAGUGUAUUUACAUGGA